GAUUUUAAGCUCGAGUUUGGCCAUCAUCAAGGCAGGACAAGUUCUGUCUGGCAUGGAGGUACAGCUACCAUUGUUCAGAGCCCUGGAGACGAAGUAUGGGGAAUAGUGUGGAAUAUGAACGCUAGCAAUUUAAGUUCACUGGAUAAGCAAGAGGGAGUUGAAGAUGGCAUUUAUGUCCCGAUAGAAGUUGAUGUCCACACUCAAGCAGGAAAGGUACUGACCUGUCGAAGCUACCAGAUGAAGGACUAUGUCUGUGGUCCCCCUUCUCCUCAAUAUAAAAAGGUUAUCUGCAUGGGUGCAAAACAGAAUGGCUUGCCAACUCACUAUCAGAAAAAAUUAGAAGCUAUUGAAACUAAUAACUAUGCAGGGCCAGUGCAAAUCAUGGAAGAGAUUGAAGCUGCUAUUAAAGCAAAGAAAAUAAAUUCUGCAUAGAAUACCUCUGCACUUGCUUGGCUGUUCACCUUGAUUUAGAUAGCUGUCCUCGCUGUGCUGAUCAGCAGUUUCUUUUAUUUGUCAAGAAAAGAUGUUUGCUGUGCAUCUACAGUAAGCAAUUAGACAUAAUUUGCAAUCUGAAGACACACUGACAUUGGUAACUUCUUCACUUGAUAUGUAUAGCUUGAGCACAUGCUGAAGUUUUUGCAGAUUUAGAAAUUACCUUUCUGUAAUUGUCAUGCAGUGCUGCACGCAAAUUUGUGCUUUGUCUCCUGUUUACUGAGCUUUUUUAAAAGAAAAAGGC